CGCACUGGAGAUUGAGUGAGUGGGGGGGAUUAAUCAGUACAAAGCCCCCGGGCUUGGGUGCUCUACAAUAUUUUAUCACUAGCUUGAGCGUUGGGAGGAGGUUUGAUUGAAGCUUGGUAAUAGUAAAGCCGUCUGUUCCGUCUCGGUGGUCGAGUUGGUUGACGACGUAGGCGUAGCUCAUAGGCGCUUGAUGAGGCGCUGGUGUUGAGCAGUGAACCUGUUUCCCUGGCUGCUGAUGAAGUCUCACAGGUCGUCAUUCGGAUAGCUUACAACUUUCUUGGUAUUCUACUGGUUUUGGGGCAUACGAAGCACCGGCUUUUGAAUUUGGUUCUCUAUAAGGGAUUUUUUGUCAUUUACAAAGUUGAUGUGCAGAUGUUGGACAUGAAUCUGGGCACGAAUUGGCAGUAGAACAAUGUGUGAAACAUUUCACGGCCCAUGGAUUUGCAGUUUUAGUUACUGAACGUUCUUGCGGUAGCAAGAGAUGGAUUGUUAGAUUCACGGUUGCUGCGAGAUGAUUUGAUUGUCAUGUAUAUUAUGUUGAGAUUGUCUUAGUCUGAAAAAGGAUAACUGCGAUCUACAUUCCUUGUACUUCGAUUCUUACUUUAGCUGCUGACUAAAGGGACGAUACUGAUCUCGUGAAUAGACCAUGUUGCUGCAGGCUAUGGUUUUAAACAUUGUUGGCUUUUGAGUAGUCUAUGCCGGUCACUGCCAUGCAUGCUUGGCUUAGAUAGGUAGACUCAGUGCUUUCAGUGCACGGCCCAUUUGUAACGAUCAUCUUGCGACCGGUGCAUCGCUCUAGUGGAUGUUCAUGCGUUGUCGAUCUAUUGACAAGAAAGUUGGUCUAUCUUGUGAAAUUCUGCAAGGACCCAGUAGAUGCACUGGCUUGUGUAUCACACGUUAGUAAAAUGCGCUGAAUAUUUAAUGGAUCGUCCUACACCACUAAUAAUCUGACUUCGAAGACCAUGAACACAUGUUUGGGCCAAGGUGCACGGCAAUAUGCUAUUCCAGGAGAUCACAGCUUGUAGAUGAUUUUGUGGUCUUGUCCCUACUGGAAAUUUCCGGCUUUCGUCUUCAAAUACACGGAAGGAAUUUAAUAAAUCAACAUAGAGGAGCGCAAGAUCCUGGAUAAUACUUUGCAUGGCAACUAUGUGCGUCGGCAAAAAUAGUCUAGAGAUGCAGGGCUCGAACAUGGAACUACCACCUGGAUUCCGUUUUCAUCCUACAGAUGAAGAGCUUGUAAGCUACUAUCUGACCAGGAAGAUCAGGAACCCCGAUUUCUCUGUAAGGGCCAUUGGAGAAGUGGACCUGAAUAAGUGCGAACCGUGGGACCUUCCUGUGAAAGCAACGUUUGGGGAGAAGGAGUGGUACUUUUUUAGCCUACGAGACCGAAAGUAUCCAACGGGAUUAAGAACCAACAGAGCCACUGAGAAGGGCUACUGGAAAGCAACAGGCAAGGACAAGGAUGUUCUACGUUCUGGCGAUCACUCGCUAGUGGGCAUGAAGAAAACGUUGGUAUUCUACCGUGGUCGCGCACCUAAGGGCGAGAAGACUAGUUGGAUAAUGCACGAGUAUCGAGUGGAGAGUGACUCUAGUAAUCAGACCAACCAGGAGCUGCCACGAUCCAAGGAUGAAUGGGUGGUUUGCCGGGUAUUUUACAAAAACGGCGGAGGGAGGCACAAGUAUGUCUUGCACAGUGGUUUGGACUCUCUCCCAAACAACUCCGAUUCUGCAAUCCCUGGCCAUCUUGAGAGCUCCCCAAAUCCUUCAGUGAACGAGGAUGGAGACUGUGAUACAAGAGUCAAAGGAGCGGAAAGGGAGGUCACCUGGAUGGGCGGGCCCAAAUUGGGAGUCAGUAUCACACCCACAAGAUUAAAGUCCAUUGCAGCUUCAUCUCCUGAUACAAACAUCUCACUGUACAACCAAAACCCAAAUUUUCUGGAUUUUGGCAUCUCUCCUCAUGGCGCGAUGUCAAAUAUGACGUCCUUGAAGUCAUUCAACCGAAAUGGAAACCGUAUGCGAUUGAAGGACGAACCAUACUAUGCAUGUGAAGGAGAGGAUGGAGCUCAAACCAACCAGGGUUUGGGUUUAGAUUACUCGUGGUGUGGAGGCGUUAUUUACCAAGAUAUGUCCCUCGAGGGUCCGAUUGCCCCAUUUCUGUCCUUGACUGCUGAAAUUGAUUGCAUUACAGAGAGUUUCAGUGAGGAGCAGCAAGCCCGGCCCCCCAGCCGUAUCCGAAGCUUAUCCGGCGUCCCUGAGAUCCACGGACCCAUGGACACUCUUCAGGAAAUCAUAACUUCGACCUGCUGAACCCGAAUUCUUAGGGUUACAUGUAAUCGAGUGGGGCAGGUAGUGAUCAAUACCAAUCACGGUGCCGCUUAGAAGGCUAAAAUGUACAGUGCGCAUUUACGUAGCCUAGCCGGGGACGAACUACAAAAUUUUUAAAAUGUAUCGUGACGUUAUAAAUUUUUUACUUACUAGUAUCCUGAUGGCUCUACCCCCUCA